GUCAAUAUUUUAUCAUUUUUGUUAGAAAAUAAAAAAAUUGUAAUGGCGCAAGAGAGCGACGGUUUUCCCCUUCACAAAGCCGUUUUCGACAAUGAUUUACCGAAUCUUUCCAGGUUAAUUCGAAAGCACGACGUGGCUUCGAAAGACAAGCACGGUAACACGGCUUUACAUCUGGCGGUCAUGUUGGGCAGGAAAGAAUGCGUUCAAUUAUUAUUAAAACACGACGCCCCCGUAAAGGUGAAAAAUGGAUUAGGAUGGACCGUUUUAGCCGAAGCAGUUAGUUACGGAAAUAGACCUACUAUUUCUUCGUUGGUACGAAAAUUCAGGCAGCAAUCGAGAGAGCAAAUGGAGGACCGAAGACCUAACUUGGUGAAGGCCUUGAGUAAAAUAAACGAUUUCUACAUGGAGUUGAAAUGGGAUUUUCAAUCUUGGGUACCGCUAGUGUCUAGAAUCUUGCCAUCGGACGUGUGCAAAAUCUACAAAAGCGGCUCCAACAUCAGAUUAGACACCACCCUCGUGGACUUCUCUGACAUGCGAUGGGAACGAGGGGAUAUAUCUUUUAUUUUCAACGGAGCCGCCAAUUCGAGCGAAAGCCUCACUGUACUCGAUAACAUUUCCAAAGUAUACCAAAAAGUCAGGCAAGAGGAGAGCGAGAUGGAGAUCGAAGAUGAAGUAGACCUGCUGAUGUCCACCGAUAUCCUAGCCGCUCAAAUAUCCACCAAGAGCAUAUCGUUCGUUAGAGCUCAGAGCGGUUGGUUUUUUAGAGAGGAUAGAAAAGAAUUGGUAGCGGGACAGUACGAGAGCGAUUUGUACAUCGUGCAAGGGUUGCAAUUGGAAAGCAGGAAACGAAGGGAGCAUUUGUCGUCGGACGAUUUGCAAAAGAACAAAGCUAUAUUGGAAAGUUUGACCAAAGGCGGGAACUUGCAGAAUUUCGAUCAAAACGGAGAGCCUGUGAGAAGAAACAGUUUGCUACCGCCGCCCGAUAAACGAGUCACCUGGGAUGAUUACAUAAACUCCGAAUUGAAUAAUUACCCGAGAUUAGGAAGAGAAUUGGUGUAUAAAGAGUCGACGAAAUCGUUCAAAGCCACUAUAGCAAUGAGCUCGGAUUUCCCGCUAUCGGUGGAGAUGUUGCUGAACGUCCUCGAAGUCAUAGCGCCGUUCAAGCACUUCUCGAAGCUGCGCGACUUCAUCACCUUCAAGCUACCCAACGGCUUUCCGGUGAAAAUCGACAUACCCAUCCUGCCCACCGUCACAGCCAAGAUCACAUUCCAGCACUUCGAGUUCCGCGACGACAUACCCAAAAACAUGUUCGCCGUGCCCAAGAACUACGCCGAAGACCCGGCCCGAUUCCCGGACUUAUGACGGCCCGAGCUGCUGAACCGGUUCGAACUGACCUACGCCGACAAGCCGCUGUUUCUGUCGCCGCGAGAGGGCGUCGCGGCGGCGUCGAAAUCGGCGCGGCGCCCGCGCCGAAGGAGGCGCCUGCAGGUGGUGCAAAUGCAACGGGCCGGGCACGGCCGGACGGUCAUCGUGGAGGUGCCGAUGUUGUUUACGUUGGGCAGCGUUUACAGUACCGAUUGUCUGGUUUAUUUGGAAUGAUUUGUUGUUUUGCGUCGGUUGGAUUAUACAGGGAGUUUU